AUGUUACUACCGUUAUUCACACAAUUGGAUCUACCGCAUCGAGAUGUGAACGAUUCAUAUGAUUAUGAUAUAUGUUCCACAUUACUGUCAGCGAUAUCGCUACUGUUAAGCACAUCGUCGAGUGCACAACAACAACUCUUCCAUAACAAAGGAUUUCUGAUUAUUUCGAAAGUGCUCCUUGAGGCAAAUGCAAAACAUUUGAGAGAUAGUGUUCUGGAUGAGUUAUUCGGAAUGGCCAAGUUCCUGUUGAGUUGUCCGGCGGGUUUCCCUCUUUUGAAACAGCUAUUCGACCAUAUUCUUUUUAAUCCUCAACUUUGGAUCAGAGCACCUUCUGAGAUCCAAAUUCGUCUCUAUCAGUAUUUGGUGAAUGAUUUUUUGUCGAAUACAAAUUUCCUCGCAGUUGUACGUCGCAGUUCAACAGUGGUGGAACUGUUGAACGCAAUCAAAUACUACUAUUGGGUUGUUCUACCGAGAGCACCAUCGACAUAUACCGUUAAACAUCUCGAGAAUAGACCAGAAAGGUUAAUCGCAUUCGUUCGGUGA